UAACAAAUUAGCAACUAGUGAGAUACUGAGUGAGAAGAGAUAGAGAGAGAGAGAGAAUGAAUACGAGAUCUGGUGAUGCCGAAGGAGAUAUUAGAGGGAAGAUGAUAGCUCCGGUGAGAGACGGAAAUGGUGGACAGAAGAGAAAAUUGGUACAGAGCAACGAUAUUCAGAGAGACGAAGAUGGUGGAGCAAAGAGAAGAAUCAUUCAGAGCAGCGACCAGAAGAACGGGAAGAUCCUGAGAGGAAUCCAUGGCUGUGUAUCUCCUCGGUGCUCUGCUCCGACUUACCAGUCUCGCUUCUCCUGGUAUGAGCAAGAUAUAUGGACAUACAUAACAAGGUUUUUGGAUGGUAAAUCAUUGGUGAAGCUGGGAGCAACGAACAAAUGGUUCUAUAAGAUUGCAAUGGAGGAUACUGUUUGGAGGUUUGCAUGCUUGCGUGAUCUUCAGGUCCCUGAGACGUUUCCAGUUUCUUCCACCUGGAUUAAGAUUUAUGCUUCAGCUUUUGAUGGGAGUCACUCUUACUUGUUCCACCAGAAGGAGAAGCAUAUUGAUUGGAUGCGUCUUGGUGCCUUUGUUCUUGACUCUCGAACUUCAUUCCUGACUGAGAGUUUGAGUGGUCGUCUGAAAGUCCCAACAGAAGGAACUAUAGAACAAAUGUUACAAUCCAGUGGUUCAUGUCUUAUCAACGACAUCAAAAGCGGUAUUUGGAUUGCAGAUUUACAGCUUUUGCGUUGCCCUCUUUGUGACCUCAGUACCUGUGAUGGAACAAUGCAAACUCUUGAUGUUAGGCACAUUGAACUCUUCCUUAGUGAAGGCUACAAAGAUGGAAGCUGGGAUUAUAAUCUGAUUGGAUCUCAUAAGUUGGAGAAAGACGCAAGUGCAGCCUGUGGAGCCAUAUUUGACCUCAAACACCUUAAAAAAUCUUCAUCCUCAGGUAUUCUCAACCUCAAGUCUUGGACCGGAGAGGCAGAUGAUUCCCAACCUAAAGCAGUUAUUGCACCCCAUGCAGUUGCUGUUCACACAAGAUUGCAACAAAACGAAGGAAUCCUUGUGAAGUACCACACAAUGAAAGCAGGAACAGACGGUGACAUUGUUUCCAUCAGAAUCUCCCAGCAGCUUCUCUGA